AUGUUUUCACUAGGGAAAUUAUCAUCGUCAUCGCCACAACCUAUUUACUUUGAUAUCAGAGUAAAAUCACCCUACAAAAAUAUAGUUCUAAUUCAAGGAACUCCAUUAGAGAGUGCCCCUGUGCCGCUUUCGGGACAUUUGGUGUUUUCACUUCAUGAGACAGUUAGUGUUAAGAGGAUAUCCUUGAAGCUAACAGGAACUUUUAAAUUGGAGUUUUUGCAAGUGGGACAACACAAGAACUCAAGUUUGGCUAGUAUUGUCAAAGAAAAGCGGACAAUAUUCGAAUGCAAUUGGGAUAAUUUGCUAGUUUCUUCCAAAGGUAAGAUAACUGUGGGAGCAAGCUCUCACGACUAUGCCGAUCACGACCCCAACUCACAUCAUGGACUGCGUCCUGGUGUGAUAUCUACCUUGUCUGCGUCCUCUAUGCAUUCGCUCCGCAAAUCCAAGAAGGGGGCAGCAAGCCCAGUGCUUGAACUUCCCCACAACGGGGUUAGUGGAACCCCGUAUGAUGGAGUUGAAGCAAACACAGCAACAUCAUUUCUAUUGCACGAGGGUAACUACGAGCUUCCCUUCUCGGUUUCUCUCCCACCUGAUAUUGCAGAGACUGUCGAGGGAUUACAAGCAGGUUCGGUUCUUUACAAGUUUGAGUCUCAAUUGGAAAGGGGAGGUUUCAAAAAUGCGUUUACGAAAUUCAAAUAUCUGAGGAUUUUUAGAACUCUGUCGCCGGACAAUCUUGCCGUUCAAGAGGAAAUGUAUGUGGGGAAAAGUUGGCCGGAGAGGUUGCAAUACGAGAUUUCCAUCCCCAGCAAAGCCAUCCCUGUAGGUGGUGUCACUCCUGUGACAGUCCGCUUGUACCCUUUCCAAAAGGGCUAUAAACUGAAUAAAAUAAGCGCGUCGCUCAUACAGUACUAUGCGUUCAAAGAUCAGCACGGCCAGAUGUAUGACGACGAAAGCCAGGUUUUCCAGCAAGUGAUGAGCGAGUUUGACGACGUCAACGGGUGCGACACAACCGCCGGUAACCUUCUCCACGACAAGGUCGAGAUCAAUUCCUCUAUUAAGCUGCCAAGCAGCCUGAAGAAGCUCACGCAAGAUUGUGAUAUCAACAACGACUGCAUUCGCGUGCGUCACAAGCUGCGCAUUUCCAUUUCGAUGAAGCGAGAGUACAAAGACGCGGAGACUGGCGAGACAAAGGACAAGAACACAGAGAUCAAGGCCAACAUUCCCGUGCUGGUGUACAUUUCACCACACGUGCCUGUAGAAGGCCGCCUGGUGCUGCUGGACAAUGCGGGCAAGUAUCAUUUCAGACCGAACGAGCUGGUUCCGCUGUUUGAGAGGCUUGGCCAGGUCAAUACUUCGAGCUCUGUCUCGCUGAACAACUUGCAGCGGAUGAGCAAUGGGACGUUCUCGGUGCGCUACUUUCCCGAGGAAGACCUGGAGGCGCCGCCUACGUACGCGAAGCACGUGUACGACCGGCUCUACGACGACAACGCGACCAGCGACGGCGAGGCCAGCGCGCCGGGUUCGGUCCCAGCCUCACCACCCACGUCUGCACCGGCCUCGCCCUGGCUGCGACCCAGCAUAGGCACACCGCUCGACUCCUUCUUGGACACGCCGCGCAACCUGUCAUUGGACAACCUGAACCGUGUGCCGUCGUACGAGCAGACCGUCGAUGACGACGAGGACGAGCCCGGAUUGCCCGUGGGAGACCUGGCGCCCGCCUACGAGCCCUCAUCGUCGCCAAGCCGCGUGGCUACGCCCGAGCCGCACGUUCAACGGCCAGUCGCGUUGCACAAACGGCCCAAUAGCUUCCACGGCGGGCUUGCGCAGUUUGUGCGCUCCAAAACCCCGGAAAUCCGCUCCUCGAGCCACCACGACAUUGCGGGCUCCAAGAUGCUGAACCGUAUUAGCUCGUCCAACCUGCAGAGCCUCUACGGCCUCAACCGCUUCCCAGAAUCUGCCACACACUCCUCCAGCAACCAAGCGUCCAGCUCAUCGUCCUCGGCAGGGCUGCUGAAGGCGAAGCCGCGGCGUGGAAGAAAUGUCCCACGUGACUCCACCAACUCCGACGGCGCGUGA